AAGGAAUUAAAAGUCUGCGUCUUUGGAAAGAUGCGUUACUAAUUAUAUUAUAUGAUAAGUUUGGUUUCUACCUUCGCUUUAGAAUUCAUGUUAACCUAUACCACUGAAGCUGCUGGAGAACGUCAAGAAACAUCUUUAAAGUGGGCCAAAUUACUUUCCGUGCAUGAUUCGUUCAUGCAUGAACUUUCUCAGGAAGUAAUUACUAUCGGAUCAUCUGAAGAAUGUUUGAUUGUCAUAAAACAUGAAGAAGUUUCAAGUUCACAUUGCGUUUUGAUGAAAGAUCCAGACGAUGUCAUAUGGUUGUACGAUUGUAGCAAGACUGGGACACGUUGUAAUGAUGGCAAGUGGCUACAGCAAGAUUGUGUCACGCUCCACACUGGUGACUAUUUCUACCUUUUAUGGGAUGAAGUAGAUGUGACUAAGCGAGUUGGAUUCUGCGUUCUUUUUGUUGAUGAUUUUAAACUUUUGGCUUCCUCUGGUGAGUCUGAUAAGACCAAAACUACGGAACUACCGUUACAACCAUCAUCAUCACAGUUUAUGAAGCCAUCAACAUCAACUGAUGAUACUGAUUUAGAAAAUUGCUUAACAUGUGUUAUUUGUGGAGAUAUCUAUUUUGAGUGUUGUAGUGUUCAACCGUGUUUACACAGUUUCUGCACACUCUGUUGGUUGAGAUGUAAAAGAUAUGAAUGUCCAAUGUGUCGUAAAUCGGUGUCAGCGUAUGCUAAAAAUCACCAAUUAAAUAAUUUAGUUGAUGUAUUCCUUCGUAAACAUCCAGAGAAGUUAAAAUCUGAAUCCGAACAAAAUGAAAUAAAGCAAGAGAUUGCCAGAUUAACACGCCUUCCAAAUCACACUCGUCGAUACAAUAGUCGAACUAGAAGGAAUAGAGAGAGAAUUACUAUUACUGGUGGUGACUAUGGUUUACUGAGCAGUUCUUCUGGCGUCUUUCCUGUUGUUCCGACCAUCAAUACCACCGCAACAACUCGCAGUGUUUCUACUGGUCCGAUAAUUAUGCCCACUUCUUCACCAAUGAGUGCUGGUUGUGUUAUAUGCUCAUGGUUACCACCAUAUGACCCUCGUGGCAAUAGUAUGACAAGUAUUAGUGGCAUUAAUCUUGGCGACCGUGGUCCAAGAAUUGAAGAAUGUUCAGCGCAUUGUUAUUGUACAUGUUGUAAUAGACCAAUGCCUAGUCGAUCAACAACAACAACAAUUCCACAACUACAUAGCAUAAAUCGAACAGAAUGUGAAGUAUGCCGGCGUACAUUUUGUUCUUUAAUCAAUCCAUACGGAUGUUCAACAUGUGAUGGUUAUUGUUUAUCUCGUGUACAAGAUUUGACUAGAUACAAUUCGAUACCUCGUAAUUUAUUAUUGAAUAAUCGUAUAGAGACAAGGAUUCUUGAUCUGACUGACUGACUGACGAUAGUCAGGGAUAGAAUGUAUUUCAGCAGAAGAUCAAGAAGGAAAGAACGGGAACAAAAAGAAAUCGCUUUGGAAAUGCAAGAACAAUGAAAUCUGCGACGAUUAACUGAUAUUUCCAAAGGGAACAGUCACGUUUGAGACAAUGGAUUGGUAUUUGACAAAUUAAGUAUUCACCUUAUAGUUGUCAGAUCUUAGUGAGAUAUUCUGUAAUUUUGGGUUCAAAUACAUUUGAUUGUCCUCACUCGUAUUCUUGGUCACUAUAGAGUCUCAAUGUUAUUUAUUCAUAUGAAGGGAAAUUAUUCGUUAAAUUUAAUACUAUCUCUGGAUCAGUUAUUUGAAUGAUAAAUGUUGAUUUCUGCUUUCUCAAGCAUUUUGACACUUUCUCCAUAUCAAGCACUAUAUCUAGUCUUUAUGAAGUUUUUCAUUCGACAUUCUUGAACGUAUAGUAGUCAAGAAUUAUUUCUUCAUGUAGUGAUUUUUUGAUGACUUGGAAUUGUAAUUCUCCAAUUGCCUAUAGUAUGUAACCACUUUUUUAAGAAGGAGAAAUCAUGUUAAUUAUGUCUGUUGGUUAUAAAUAAUUAUCAGUAUAGGGUUGUGGAGAUCAUGGACCUUUGGAAACUUGACCUCCUUUUCGUUCUAGCACGAAACUCCUAAACAAUGUGCAUUCCUGAUCCCACACGUAGAACUCCGACUCAGAACCCUCGAUUUCGCGCGUAAACGCUUAACAGUUAGUUUUACAAUAUUGUAAAUACAUGUUCAUACAAUAAAUUAUUGAUUAAUUAAUGUCAAGUACUACUCAGUUUGAUGUAUACAAAUCUGACUGUUAAUCAGUACAAACCAUAUGAAACUUCAUAUUCAUUUUGAUUUUCAAAUAAAUCCUCAUCUAUCGUCCUUAUGUUCUUAUUUUCGACGUACGUUUCACGGGUUUAAUUAUUCACUAACAGUUACCUGCCGUUACAACAAUUGUUGAUGGGUAUUUUGGUAAACAAAAUAAAUCUUCUACUACAGUCAGUUUUUGUGUUCUUAUUUGCAUCUUGGAAAUUGCAGAGGUUUUCAAUAUCAAGUAUCACACUACAUCUCAUGGUUACAAUACCCCUAAUUUAAAUAUUAUCGUCUGUGUGAAUCUGAUUAUCUCUGUUUGUCCAACAUCGUUUGUUUGAAUUAUAAACAACAGAAUAAUUUUUCGACUGAUAUUGUUUAUUUAAACCAUAUUUUCCAGUAUGAUCUUCACUUCAAUGAAUCGAUUCGGUUAUGUUCAUUUGACAUUAUGUAGUGUUAUCAUGCUUUGUUUAAAGAUAUGACAUAUCCAUUUAAAUUAUUUUACUUCAACAAUCUGAUGCAUGUCAAUCACUGUGAACGACUUUAGUUAUUCGAUUGACUUUUCAUAUACUGAUUCGUUGAGUAUCAAAAUAUGAACAUGAUAAUAAGCAAAACUAUAAAACAGACUAAAGUAAUUCUGAUGAAUAUCUGGCUACAUUGGAAAAUAUCAUUUUUGACAUAAUAUCUGAAAAUGUACUGGAUUUGAUAUAGUUUAGGAUAAUUGGUGUUUACUAACAGAUAAAACAGCCCCCCCCCUCAACUGUAAUCAGUUUCCAACGAAAAUUACCUUAAUAGUGUACAAGCUUCAUGAAAUCACCCAACUUAGUAGUAAGCUUCCAGAGCUGGUUCUCACCACAGAUUGAACUCAUUUUGGAUAACAUGAAUCGGUUGUAGUUAGAUCUGUAUACCGUCGGAUGUCAACUCAAUGAUCUAGAGGAUCCAAUCCCUGAUGGGGUCUCAUAAUGUAAAUAAACACCUGUCUAACGCUUCCCGGUUUCCAGUAAUAUCCUAUCUGAGGUCAAUCUUUGGUUCAUACCACCUCCAGACACAAUGGGUUCACCCUACGGGAGUUGAGAAACCCUGAUUCCGAAUCAAUAGUGCAUAUUGGCUCCAGGACACUGAAGGAACAAAUGGCGUAUGAACCAAUUGUUGGUCACCGGCUACCAUAGGACCGUAUCUCCUUACGCUGCUCCACUGCCUUGUGGAUCAAAUCUUUAGGUCGAAGUCUCCGUGUGUGGCUCUCCUGUUUCGGUCUGAGCAUCCGGGCAGUAUCAUAGCCUACACACAAACCAAGUGACUUGUGUAUGCAUCUUUUUUAC